GUUACGUUCAUAAAGGAGACCCGGUUUUCAAAUCUCAGAGAUUCGAUUUAUCAAGGUGGCGCUAAUGCACACGCUUUUUAUUCAACGUCAUUAAAAACUAGUGAAGACAGAACAAAGGUUCCGUGCACAGACAUUGUUUCCCCCGGAAUACAUUUCCAUCGUACAGCAACAGGAAGUGGCGGCAGACAUCGGUGAUCAGAAGAAGAGGAAACAUUAUUUUUGUCUUUGUAACCCCACGAUGCUGUCACUCAAACUGAGCAUGACCUUUUUGUGGAGGAUCCAACAUGGCAGCUGUUGCUCCGCCCCUCACGUCCUGUCCCACAGUUUCCUUCACAGAGACAGACAGAGGAGGAAAGACAUCGGUCCAGUCAGAAGAGGGUUGAGUUUUUCAGCCGCUGCUGUUGUGAAUUCAGCUCCCAAGCACGUUCAGCCAUACCUGCGUCUGAUGAGACUGGACAAACCAAUAGGGACGUGGCUGCUCUACCUCCCGUGUACGUGGAGCAUAGCUCUGGCCUCUGACCCUGGCUCUCUGCCCGAUGUGGGUCUGCUGGUUCUGUUUGGAGCUGGUGCUGUUCUGAUGAGAGGAGCGGGCUGCACCAUCAACGACAUGUGGGACAAAGACUUUGACAAACAGGUGUCGAGGACGGCUUCACGACCCAUCGCCUCGGGGGAGGUUUCUCACACACAGGCGCUCGUCCUCCUGGGGGGACAACUGUCUCUCUCACUGGGGAUUCUGUUGUGUCUCAACUAUUACAGCAUUGCUCUGGGUGCAGCUUCGUUGUCUCUCGUCAUCACGUAUCCUCUGAUGAAGAGAUUCACUUACUGGCCUCAGCUUGUUCUUGGUCUCACAUUUAACUGGGGGGCACUGUUGGGCUGGUCUGCUGUGAUGGGCUCCUGUGAUUGGUCCAUAUGCCUCCCGCUGUAUUUCUCAGGAGUGAUGUGGACACUGAUAUAUGACACUAUAUAUGCACAUCAGGACAAGGACGACGACAUCAGAGUCGGCGUCAAAUCGACAGCGCUGAGGUUCCAGGAACAAACAAAGCAGUGGCUGAGCGGCUUCAUGGUGGCCAUGAUGUCGGGACUCGUCGUCACGGGAGUCAACGCUGAGCAGACUUUGCCGUAUUAUGCUGCUCUUUGUACUGUGGCUCUUCACCUGACUCACCAGAUCUACAGUGUCAACAUCAACAACACAGAAGACUGCUGGAAGAAAUUUGCCUCCAACAGAAAUCUCGGACUCUUGUUGUUUUUCGGAAUCAUUGGUGGAAAUCUGUGGAAAGAAAAAAAAAAAGACGUUGAGUCUUUGACAUGAGUGGAAACAUGUGUCCACAUUAACUGAGAUGGAAACAUUCCCCUCAUUCAUGACCUCAUACAACAAGUAAUUUUCAGCCAUCUAAAAAUUUACUAGUUCAUAUACAAGGCACAUUUGCACAUGUGUAGAGUUUAUAUUCUUCUGUUUAUGUUAGAACAACAUUCUGUUACAGCUGUAUCAUGGGAUGUAUAUGACACAUACUGCUACUUUUCUCCAGAUUAAAUCAUCAUAACGUGCCAAUAUACAUUAUGCUCAUCUUUGCAUAUACUUGGAAAAAUUUAAUGAUUUACAGAUGUUUUUUUAAAUACACAAAGUAUGGAUUUUACAACGAUCCUCAUGGCACUAAAGUUUUUCACCUGUUGAAAUACCUGUAAAGGUCUGGUGUGAACAAUACAACGCAUAAUUCCAAAUGCCAAAAGGUGAUUUUUGGCCCCAACCCUAUGGCUGAAGGGUUACUUUUGCUUUAAUUUACCACAAUUUGUGGUUGUGUUUACGAAAAAUCAAGUGUUCUACAUAUGAUAAAUGACUUUCUGAUCAAUCUGAAA